GCAGAUUACAUGACAUUAUGUAGUUCGCCUGCCCCUGAAUUGGGGGUGUGCCCUUGCCGUUUGAGAGGGCGCUCUCCCACGCAGUCAAGCUUGCCAAGGGCGGUACUCGGCUACUUGAUGUUGAAGCGCCAUGCAAGGAUGGGCACAUGUUUGACUUGGGUGGAGGCGCAAAGAACAUGAGCGAACAUUGUUUUAAGCGGAUGUGGCGGUUUGGGCUGUGAGUUUCCUCGCUCUAGGGGAGGAGCUGCCGACCUUCACUGGGGCCUUGCUCCUCAUGUUCGGGGUGGUUGUGCUGCCCAUGCGCUUCUUCCUGGGCUUGCGAAUCAUGGAGGACGUGCGUAAGCUGCCAGAACAGCUGAGAUGCUUCGACCUCGCGAAAGCACAGUGCACCUGCUGCAGCCUGGGCCAUACCGAUGGGAAGACAUCCCUCCCCUGCGACCGGCGCCUGCUUCUGAAGUCCAUCAGGAGAUGGUUCAGCGAGCCCGAGAGCCCCGAUGACGCCCUUGCGAGGUUCGAGAAGCUGCUGCGGCAGGGCUUCCGCCAGGAGGUGCUGCAGUGUGUGGGCUAUGGCUAUGCCAGCCUGGGCUACGCAGUGUACAUGGCGUGCAGCGGCAGCGUUCCUAUCCUGGUCCUGCAGCUUCGAAGCUUGCGCGCGGAUGCUUCACCGGAGGCUGUGGAUCAGGCUGCCUGGUUCCUCCGGGUGCUGGUGAACUGGGCGCAAGUGCCGCUGGGCUCCCUCUUCGGGGUCUGGAUGAACCAGGCGCUGUGCAGCGUGGGGGUGAAGAUUCCUCUGCGCCGUUCGCUGGUUGUAGCCCUCUUAUCCACGGUUACCCUGCUGGCUUCAGCUGCGCCGGUGGCGCUUCAGCAGAUCUUGCUGCGCACGGAACCCAGCAGCUAUCUCCCCGUGGCCUAUUUCGUGGCAUGGCUGACCGUCACCACCACGCUGUUUCAUUGUACUGGCUGCCGCGUGGAACGCCCUCAGCCACACACCUGUGAUGUCGGUCAUGCAGGGGUCGGGAAUGCCGUAGAUUCCGACACGUUCUCCAUUUGAUUGCACUAAUGUGCAAAAGUGACGAUUUUUUUUUGCGAAACGGCCGGGCUUCCGGGCUUAUGCUCUUCUUCCCUUGUGAUUUUUCUCGCUUGGGAUGGCACGUUCUGGG